CCCCCGCUUUCUCUCCUCCUCUCUCCCUCGUCUUUCUCUUCCAGACCGGCGCAGAACAAACCGCUUCCACCACAAGCUCAGGUUCUUGGCCCGGGUCCGAAACGACGACUUCGCAGCCGACGGCGCCCGCCGAGCCUCAGCCCUACAGGCGCUGCAAUCGCGGUGAAAAGGGCGCUCCAGAGCAGCCCAUCAAUCUGCUCAGCUGCAUGCAGGGUUGGAGGACGCCUGUCAGCAUCCGCCAAUCAGUCCGUGCCAGCAUCACGCGGGAACUUGCAGCUCUCGUCGACUAGCCGCAGAAUAUUGGCUGAAGGGCCUCUGGAAUGCCGCUGGAUCGGCCCUGAGACCUCCAGAUCGGACAAUUUAUUUUUUUUAGCAGCCGUCGUCCUUCGUCCUUGGCUCAUGUCUGCUGAAGCCUUUACCAGCCUUACAGGCCCCGGCCAAGCCCCGCCGCCGCCACCCGCCUCUCAAGGCCGGCCUCUGCACCAGUCGCCUCAGCAAGCGAUUGAUCCGUCGUCGGUCAAACUGACCAGAGGCACUAGCUGCGUCCUGUGUCAACAGCGCAAGGUCCGUUGCGACCGGAACAAGCCAUGUGCGAACUGCGUCAAGGCCGGCGCAGAGUGCCGAGUGAUUCCUCCACAGCCCCCGAGAAGACGGCGCAAGAAGCUGCAGGAAAAGGAUCUGAUUGAGCGGCUACGCAAAUACGAGAGCCUCUUGGCACAGAAUGGCGUCAAGUUUGAUGCCAUGGAUCCCGAAUACAGGGGCGACGGCAACGGUGACGAUGUUGACGAGCUAGAGACCGAUUUUGAGGGUUUGAAGACUUCUCCAGAAGCAGGCCCCCCCAAUGCUGCGGGCGAAUCUCAUGAGCCCGGGGCUUGGUUUUCUCUUCAUAAAGAGUUCAGAGCCAGCGAGCAACUGCUCAAGGAUUCGUCCGAAGAUGAGGAUGAGGUCUUUAAUAACAAAAAGUCGUUUAUCCAUUCUGCUUUCGACAAGAUGUUUGAGAACCAAGACGGGUUCCCAUUCAUCAUUGGAGGCUCCUUUGCUCCCGUCACGCACAGCCACCCUACUGCCGUCCAGGUGCUGCAGUUGUGGCAGAUAUACAUUGACAACAUCAAUCCUCUACUGAAAAUCACUCAUGUACCCAGCAUUCAGAGCAAGAUUAUCGAAGCGACAUCCCGACUUCAUGCGGCCCCGAAAAACAUCGAAGCCCUCAUGUUCGGCAUAUACGUAAUCUCCAUUCACUCCAUCGAGGAUGCUGAAGCUCAGAGGAUAUUUGGGGAGACGAAACAGGAACUGCUGGGCCGGUAUUUCCCAGCACUUCAGCAAGCCUUGGUCAAUGCUAGUUUCAUGCGGAUUCCCGAUCCCUUGACUCUGCAGGCGUAUCUUUUAUAUCUGAUGACGGUUCGGUGGUUUAUAGACCCGAGGCAGGUAUUCUGCAUGAUGGGCAUCGCGGUCCGCAUUGCCCAGCGCAUGGGCCUGCAUCGAGACCCAGGCGGAUAUGGUCUCUCUCCAUUUGAGGUCGAGCAGAGGCGGCGACUGUGGUGGACGCUUGUUUCCUAUGACCGACGCGUGGGAGAGAUGACGGGGUCGACGGUCACGGCGCUCACGUCGGGCUGUGACUGCAAGAAGCCAUUAAACGUCAACGAUUCUGACCUCCACGUCGACGGCAAAGAACCUCCGACGCCACAUACUGGGCCCACGGAAAUGCUGUUUGCCCUGACACGCGUCGAGCUCUCCAUGGCGGUGGCGAGCAACAGCAACCGCGACAGCUUCAAGCUGCACCCGGACAAGAAUGGCACCUCUCCGCAGUCUGGAAAAUCGCCGCCUGUGACGAUUCGGCUUGCUGGCCAAGAUACGCCCCCAUACACUCUUGAGGGUUUCUGUGCUCACAUGGAGGGCACGUACUUGGCCCAGUGCGACGCCAAGAUCCCCCUUCACUUCUUCACCAUGACGAUGACGCGAGCGGCACUCUGCAAGAUGCGCAUCAUCAACUAUCUCGUGCGCAAGCACAACGGCGAGACGAUGCCGCUGGACGACGUGGAACGAGACGCCCUCACGAUACAAGCCAUCAGCUGGGUGGAGCACGACAACGUAGUCAUGUCGGCGGAGAGCCUUCGGCCGUACAGGUGGUACGCAAUGCAUUACUUCCCCUUUCCGGCGUACAUGUUCCUGGUCCAGGAGCUGCGCAAGCGCGUUGCCGGACCGCUGGUAGAGCGAGCGUGGACGGCCAUCGAAGCGAACUACGAACUCAGGGGCUUGCUGUCGAACCUUCACAGCCCGAUGCAUGGGGCCUUUAGCGGCCUGUUCGUUAAAGCCUGGGCGGCGCACCACGACGCCCAGCGAGCGGCAGGGAAGAACAUGGCCACACCGCGCUUCAUGGCCGUCCUCCAGGAGCACGUCGAGGCGAGGCGAAGGGCGCGCUCGGGAAACGGCUCGGACGUUGGCCAGCAUCAGCCGCCGGUGGCCUUUCCCCGAGCACGCUCCCGCGAGCCGUCGUCGACGUCGCCGCUGGACCACGGCGCCAUGAUGACUCCACCGGUGGACCAGAGCGGCGGGUUUGGAGCCACCCAGCCGGCCAUGGCGCCGCCAAGCACCGCGUCUGGGGACGACGGAGACAUGGACUGGUCGUUCCUCAUCGCGGGCUAUCAGGACCCCGACACGUUUCAAGGCUUCAACGCCCCUAACCACGGUGGCUUCGGGAACGGCAUGGGCGGGUUCGGCGGGCCCGGGGGACCUGCAGGACCUGGAGGAAUGUUUGGGAACUAG